CCAAGGGCCCAGUGUGUGAGCAGCAUCUGCCCAGCACCACCUCCUGUGUGUGGCAUGGGAGCCUAGGGACAGAGCCACGUCCCAGCCAGCGGGGGGACUGGGCACAGGUGCCACCACCUCGGCAGCCAGGAGGGACCUGAGAGGCGCCUCAAGGCCAGCGAGCAGCAGGGCCAGGCACUGAGCAACUCUGGCUGCUCCUGCAGCCCCACAACUCCACUUCUUCUCUUCCUCCUCCGUGUCUGAAGGCUGCAGUCAGCAUGAGGGAUGACUGCCCGGUCCCCGUGCCCCAGUGCAGCCGGUACGCCCAGAGACUGAGAGCCUCGCGCGCCGUGCACUUCCCCAACGACGUUGUCUUCCAGGACCACAUCAGGGAGGGGGACCUGGAGCAGGUGGGCAGGUUCAUCCGUGCCAGGAAGGUGACCCUGGACACCAUCUACCCCUCUGGCAUGGCAGCCCUCCACGAAGCCGUGCUGACAGGAAACCUGGACUGUGUCAAGCUCCUGGUUAGGUACGGCGCCGACAUCCACCAGAAGGACGAGCAGGGGUGGACGCCCCUGCACAUGGCCUGCAGCGACGGCUACGCCAGCAUCGCCAGGUACCUCAUCUCCCUCGGGGCCAGCCUGGAGGCCACCACGGACGAGGGGGACCGGCCCUCGGACCUCAUCGACCCCGAGUACAAGGACCUGGUGGAGCUCUUUGAAGCCAGCAGCACGGGCUGAGGCGGGGCCGGAGGGACGGGGCUGGGCCCGGGCAGGGCCUGGGCCGGCGGCCGAGCGGGGCCUCGAGCGGGACCGCGACUCGGAACCGCUUCGUGUGUUCCAAUAAAGAUCUGGGACGCUG